AUGCAGCGUCUUCUUCGUCACGUCUUCCGAAGGAUGUCAUCAACUACAACAGCCACAAGCGCUGCCGAAUACGAUGUGAAGGCUCUGUUGACACUGAAGGAUUUGUAUGGAGAUUUGGCACAAAUUCCACUUCCAAGUCAAGGAAGAAUCAAUAAAACUAAGGGAGAUGGCGAUAUUAUUGAAGUGACAACAACAUGGGACAACCGUGCGAUGGCACUGAAUCAGGCGACCCGUCAGCAACGUGUCAGCAUCAUUGGGAGUCGUGGACCGGAAGUCACCGAUCGCUACCUGAUGAGCUCCGUGGCGAUGCCAAUGUGCAAUUAUGAAAACCAACGCUCAGUGUACUCUCACUCGAAUCGCCGUGUUGCUCAACUCUUGACGACUGGAACCGGCGACGACAAGAAGCAAUAUCUGAAGAUCUACAAUAUGGAAGAGCACUGCGAAGAGCUUUGCUCAGACCUGACGACCCAAAAGAAGCACGGAGUGAUUCAUGGCGGUGGAUGUCAACCAUUCAGCUGUCUUCAUUUUAGUUAUGGAGAAGGACAUGUGAUGUAUGUGGCCGAGAGGUUGAAUAAGACGGCGCAGUACUUUGAUGCCGAUAUCGAGUGGGAUAAUGAGACCAAGGUUUUUGAGAGCAAAGUGGGCAAAAAAUACGAGCUAACCGAAUCGUGGGGCGAGCAGAACGUCGACGUCCGCCGUCCAGUCAUCUGCACCGCCGACGUCGCCAGUGGCAUCGUCACCGUCUACGAUCAAAUCCCCGCUCACAUCUCUCCAUGCUACGCGAAAUGGGCUCCCGACGACACUGGAAUCGUCUUCUUUGGCCUAGACGGCUCGGAAACCAAGCCGCGGUUGGGCCGAAUCUACUGUAACAACCGCGCCGGCCACGUCUAUUACUAUGACAUCAAAUCCGGAGAAUUGACUCAAAUCAGCGAAGGAGAGGUGGCCGCCGAGGAAAUCCAAUUUUCACCAGAUGGCAAGACGCUGGUCUGGUUCCAGAGAGCCGCUGAUGGACCACAUCAAGCCGUCCUGGAGAUGAUAGCUGUGGAAUGGCCGAUUGACGUGGCUAAGAAGCCCCAAGACAUCCCAAAACGAACUGUGGUCCCGAUUGUGACUGAAAAACGGGCAGCUUCUGAAUUCCAGGGCUUCAGUUUCCCACAAACUGUCUCCAGAUCCUGGUCCAGCGACUCCAAACGUCUUAUCUUGUCGGUAGCAUGGUGCUCCAAGCUAGAGCUCAUUUCAGUAAACGUCAGCAACGGAGAAAUUGAAAAGCUAAGCAAUAAUGCCAAUUUCUUGGGAUCCUUCACCCUUCUCGAUGUCUUUGACGAUGAGAUUCUCGCCAUUGUUUCUGCCCCCAACCGCCCGCCGAAUGUGCUCUUGGGACGUCUUCCAGAACCUUCCAAAGCCGAUUCAAUGGUUUGGGUGCGCAUCGACGAGGGAAAGAAUCUAACCUCUCGACGUCAUCUAUUCGAAUUCUCAUCGGAGAUUCUGGAAUUCGAGCACGAUGGACAGACCUAUGAGGGCAUUCUGAAUGUGCCUAACGAGGGACAGAACCUUCCGUUGGUUGUGAAUCCGCACGGAGGACCGCAUGGAGCUUCUUGGGCGGUGUGGCCACGGAGAGAUUUGACGACGUUGUUGAAUUCGGGAUUCGCGGUGCUUCAGAUUAAUUUCACUGGAUCUGUCGGGUUUGGAGACGAUUUCAUUAGGGAUUUGGCUGGAAAAUGUGGAGAUAUCGAUGCGAAACAAGUUCAUAAUGCCGUCCUCACUGUCCUGGAGAAGAAUCCCCGUAUCUCUGGUGACAAAUGCGUGCUGUUCGGUGGCUCGUACGGUGGCUUCAUGGUCUCUCAUCUCAUUGGACAGUAUCCUGGAUUCUACAAGUCAUGCGUCGCCCUGAAUCCAGUUGUCAACAUUUCCACGAUGCACGAUAUCACUGAUAUUCCCGAAUGGUGUUUCUACGAGGGAACUGGAGAAUUGGCUGAUUGGACAAAGACAACAACCCAGGAACAACGAGAGGCAAUGUUCAAUGCCUCGCCGAUUGCUCAUGUUGAGAAGGCGGUGACACCGUAUUUGUUGUUGAUUGGAGAGAAGGAUCUGCGUGUCGUUCCACACUGUCGCGCCUUCAUUCGAUCGUUGAAGGCUCGUGGGGUGCCGGCGAAAGUUCUCUCGUAUCCACCAUCGAACCAUCCAUUGGAUGAGGUCAACAUUGAAGCCGACUACGCAAUCAACAUGGUCCGUUGGUUCGAGAAAUCGCUCUCCAAAUAA